UGCUUAACUCACAAUCACUUCAUUCAUUGCCAACAUUCAAAGAAAGUUCCUAUAUAAUACAUAUAUAUAUAUAUAUAUUAUAAGAUCAAAACCUUAAUCCACCAUAUCAAACCCCCCCAAAAAAAAGAAAAAAAAAACAAAUGUUGAAGCCCCAAGUUUUUCAAGAGUCACAAUCGCCGUCAGCCAAAACCCAACUCUGCUCGUUGCCGAAGGCAUUCAUCCAUGGGGGGAGUAAUCUUGCUUCGUUUCCCGUGUGCAUAAGGCCAUCUAUUAUAUUCCCUUGUAGUAAAAAACACAGAAACCAUGGCCUGAGUUUCAGUUCUAGCAACGUAGUUAGAGCUCUUUUAAAAGAAAACAAGGUUGCCCAUGAGAAAAUCAUUAAGGUCAAAGCUGUUGUGACCGUCAGCUCUACUGUGGGAGGCUUCUUAUCUAACAUUGGUUUGAGUCGAGGGCUUGAUGAUAUUCAAGAUUUGCUUGGCAAAACCCUCCUUCUUGAGCUUGUUAGUGCUGAACUUGAGCCUAAAACUGGAUUAGAGAAGAAAACAGUUACAGGGUAUGCACAUAGAAGUGGCCGAAGAGAUGAUGGAGGAGUUGAAUACGAAGCAGAUCUGGAUGUGUCACUGGAUUUUGGAAUGGUUGGUGCCAUUGUUGUAGAGAAUGAGCAUCACAAAGAGAUGUUCAUUAAGAACAUUGUGCUUGAGGGUUUUCCUAAUGGACCUGUUAAUGUAAGCUGUAAUUCUUGGGUGCAUUCUAAGUUCGACAAUGCUCAAAAGAGAAUCUUCUUCACAAAUAAGUCAUAUUUGCCAUCGCAAACCCCAGGUGGGUUAAAGAAUUUAAGAGAGAAAGAUUUGAAGAGCGUGAGAGGGGAUGGCGAAGGAAAACGUAAGAGUUUUGAGAGGAUUUAUGAUUACGAUGUGUAUAAUGAUCUUGGUAAUCCUGAUAAGAGUGAUGAUCUCAAAAGACCUGUUCUUGGUGGUAAGGAACGCCCUUAUCCUAGGCGUUGUAGGACUGGGCGUCCUCGCACUAAAAAUGAUCCAUUGUCGGAGGAAAGAAGUGGGAAUGUGUAUGUUCCUCGAGAUGAAGCCUUCUCAGAAAUAAAGCAAUUGACAUUUUCAGCAAAGACAGUAUAUUCAGGGCUACAUGCCUUGGUGCCUUCUCUUCAAACGGUCUUACUUGACCCUUCACUUGGCUUCCCUUACUUUAAGGCCAUAGAUUCACUCUUCGAUGAUGGUCUCAAACUACCUCCCACUGAGGACCAAGGGCUUCUCAAGAAUCUUCUGCCUCGAUUAGUCAAGACUGUCUCUGAUGCAAACGAUGCCUUGCAAUUUGAGAUCCCAGAAACUUUGGACAGGGACAAAUUCUUUUGGUUUAGAGAUGAGGAAUUUGGUAGGCAGACGCUUGCAGGUCUCAAUCCAUAUAGCAUUCAAUUAGUCAAGGAAUGGCCAUUGAAGAGUAAACUUGAUCCUGAAAUCUAUGGACCACCUGAAUCAGCAAUCACUGCAGAAUUGAUUGAGCGGGAAAUCAAAGGAUUCAUGACUAUUGAUGAGGCCAUAAAACAAAAGAAAUUAUUUAUUUUAGAUUACCAUGAUUUGCUACUACCAUAUGUGAAGAAAGUAAGAGAAAUCGAAGGAACAACAUUGUAUGGAUCAAGGACAUUGUUUUUUCUAACUUUGGAAGGAACACUAAGGCCAUUGGCCAUUGAGUUGACUCGACCACCAAUGGAUGGAAAGCCACAAUGGAAGGAAGUCUUCUCUCCUUCUUGGCAUGCCACUGGUGUCUGGCUUUGGAGAUUUGCCAAAGCUCAUGUACUUGCUCAUGAUUCUGGUUAUCACCAACUCGUUAGCCACUGGCUAAGAACACAUUGUGCCACCGAGCCAUAUAUAAUAGCAACAAACAGACAGCUUAGUGCAAUGCACCCAAUCUAUAGAUUGUUGCACCCGCAUUUCCGAUACACAAUGGAGAUUAAUGCUCUUGCUCGAGAAGCUUUAAUCAACGCCGGAGGCAUAAUUGAAUCCGCAUUCACUCCUGGAAAAUACUCCAUGGAGCUCUGUGCUGAUGCCUAUGACCAACUAUGGCGAUUCGACCAAGAAGCAUUACCAGCUGACCUCAUCAACAGGGGAAUGGCUGUGGAGGAUCCGAGCGCUCCACAUGGUCUAAAGUUGACAAUUGAAGACUACCCUUUUGCCAACGAUGGUCUGAUUCUCUGGGAUAUAAUCAAACAAUGGGUCACUGACUAUGUCAACUAUUACUACCCAGAGCCAGAUUUAGUUGAGUCUGAUCAAGAGCUUCAAUCAUGGUGGACAGAAAUAAGAACCGUAGGUCAUGGAGACAAAAAGGACGAGCCAUGGUGGCCAGUUUUGAAGACACCGAAAGACUUAAUCGAGAUCUUAACGACGAUCGUUUGGGUAACUUCUGGUCACCAUGCAGCUGUAAACUUUGGCCAAUAUACAUACGCAGGAUAUUUCCCUAAUAGGCCUACGAUUGCUAGAACGAACAUGCCGACCGAAGACGCUAGCGAACUGUUCUGGGAGAACUUCUGGGCUAAACCAGAGGAAGCACUUUUGCAGUGCUUUCCUUCGCAGAUUCAGGCGACGACGAUCAUGGCGGUGUUGGAUAUAUUGUCGAAUCAUUCGCCGGACGAGGAGUAUCUUGGUGAGAAGAUAGAGCCUUCGUGGGAAGAAGAUGAUGUUAUUAAAGCGGCUUUUGAGAGAUUCCAUGGGAGGUUGAAAGAGUUAGAAGGGAUUAUUGAUGAGAGAAACACCAACAAGAAUUUGAAGAACCGAUGUGGAGUUGGGGUUGUGCCUUAUCAGCUUUUGAAGCCAUUUUCAGAGCCUGGUGUUACUGGAAAAGGUGUUCCUUAUAGUAUUUCUAUCUGAGUUGUGAACAUUAUGAAUAAUAUUAUGUAUUUUAGAAAGAAAGAAAUGAAAGUUAUACUAGGGUUUGAGACCAGAAUCAAAUUCAA